AAGAGUUUCCCGAAGGAGCGAGGGAGCCGCGCGCUGCCCCGGCCCCGGCCCCGGCCUCGGCGGCGGCUGCAGCCCCGCUCCCAGCGCCCUAACCCGUGCUUGCAGCCACCCGGCCCAAGCAGACGGGGAGCGGCUUGGCUCGGCUCCCGGGCCCCAGCUUCACGAGUAAGAAAAGGCUGUGUGGACGGCGAUGACCGCGGAGGAGAUGAAGACGGCGGCGGAGAGCAGCGCGCAGUCGGCCCCCUUGCCCUUGGAGGGGGUGGACAUUAGCCCCAAGCAAGAUGAAGGCGUGCUCAAGGUGAUCAAGCGAGAGGGGACGGGCACAGAGACUCCCAUGAUCGGUGACAAGGUCACUGUACACUACACCGGCUGGCUGGUGGAUGGUACCAAAUUUGACUCCAGCUUGGAUCGCAAGGACAAGUUCUCCUUCGACUUGGGCAAAGGGGAAGUAAUCAAAGCCUGGGAUAUCGCUGUGGCCACCAUGAAAAUAGGAGAAGUCUGCCACAUCACCUGCAAACCAGAAUAUGCCUAUGGUUCAUCUGGGAGCCCUCCCAUGAUCCCCCCCAAUGCUACCCUGGUGUUUGAGGUGGAACUGUUUGAUUUUAAGGGAGAGGAUCUUACUGAGGAUGAGGAUGGUGGAAUCAUCCGCAGGAUACGCAGUCGAGGCGAGGGCUACUCCAAGCCCAAUGAGGGAGCUAUAGUGGAAGUUGUGCUAGAGGGUCGCCAUAAAGGCCGGGUCUUUGACCAGCGAGAGUUAAGCUUUGAGAUUGGAGAGGGUGAGAACUAUGACCUUCCCCCUGGACUAGAAAAGGCGAUUCAGCGCAUGGAGAAGGGAGAAAACUCUGUUGUCUACCUUAAGCCCAGCUAUGGUUUUGGUACUGUUGGGAAGGAGAAAUUCCAGAUUCCACGGGAUGCUGAGCUACAGUAUGAAGUGACCCUCAAGAGCUUUGAAAAGGCCAAGGAGUCUUGGGAGAUGAGUGCUGAGGAGAAGCUGGAGCAAAGCACCAUAGUGAAGGAACGGGGUACAAUGUACUUCAAGGAAGGCAAGUAUAAGCAAGCCAUGCUUCAGUACAAGAAGAUUGUGUCCUGGCUAGAAUAUGAGGUGGGCUUCUCGGAAGAGGAAGGACAUCGAACCCAGGCCCAGGCGCUGAGACUGGCCUCACACCUUAACCUGGCCAUGUGUCAGCUCAAACUGCAGGCAUUCUCGGCUGCUGUGGAGAGCUGCAAUAAGGCCCUAGAGCUGGACAACAACAAUGAGAAAGGCCUUUUUCGUCGGGGUGAGGCCUAUCUGGCUGUGAAUGACUUUGAGCUGGCCCGGGAUGACUUCCAGAAGGUCCUCAAGCUCUAUCCCAGCAACAAGGCUGCCAGGACCCAACUGAUGCUCUGCCAACAGCGGAUCCGUGAGCAGCAUGCCAGGGAGAAGAAGCUUUAUGCUAACAUGUUCCAGAGAUUGGCUGAGAAGGAGAACAAGCCUGAAGCAGAACCAGCUGGAGGAGACAAUCUACCAGAUGCAGAGAUGAAGGAUGACCAUCAGAACGGUGUGGAAGUGAACAAGUCUCAAGUGGAGGCAGAAGCAUAGCCAGCUCUCCAACCCACUCCCCCAGCUGCCUACCUCCCAUGCCCUAGCCUUCCCUACUCCACCCUGUUAGUUUUGUAAAAAACAAACAAACAAAAAACAAAA